AUGUCGGUCCUUUUGGAGACCAGCUCCGGUGACAUUGUCAUUGACCUGCUGGUCGACUACGCCCCCAAGCUUUGCGAAAAUUUCCUGAAGCUCUGCAAAGUCAAGUACUACAACUUUUCGCCCGUUCACUCCGUCCAAAAGAAUUUCUCCUUCCAGACCGGCGACCCGCUCGGCCCGCUAUCCAAAGAAUCUGAUGGCGGCACUUCCAUAUGGGGCCUGCUCUCGGGCGACAACAAGAAGAAGAUGUUCCCGGCGUUUUUCCACCCGAAGCUCAAGCACGUCGAGCGUGGCACCGUGAGCAUGGCUACGGCGCCCCUCGAGUCGGACCCGGAUACCCGUGUGGCGGCAUCACAGUUCAUUGUCACCCUGGGUGAGGACACGGACUACUUGGAUGGCAAGGCUGCCAUCUUUGGCAAGGUUGUCGAGGGCUUUGAUGUACUGGAAAAGAUCAAUGAGGCCAUCGUCGACGACAAGGGGCACCCGCUUCUCGAUAUUCGUAUCAAGCACACCAUCAUCCUCGACGACCCAUACCCCGACCCUCCCGAGCUGCGAGAGCCCAGCGGAUCGCCCCCUCCAAGCAAAGCGCAGCUUGAGACCGUUCGCAUUGCGGACGAGGCCGCCCUGCACGAGGAUGACGACCUGGACGAGGAGGCCGUUGAGAAGCGGCGGAGGGAGAGGGAGGCGCGGGCUCAGGCUCUCACUCUGGAAAUGAUGGGUGAUUUGCCGUUUGCCGAGGUCGCCCCUCCCGAAAACGUCCUGUUCGUUUGCAAGCUCAACCCGGUCACCACGGAUGCCGACUUGGAGCUCAUCUUUGGCCGUUUCGGCAAGAUUCUGAGCUGCGAGGUCAUCCGUGACGCCAAGACCGGCGACAGUCUUCAAUACGCCUUCAUCGAGUAUGCAGACAAGGCCUCGUGCGAGGCUGCGUACUUCAAGAUGCAGGAUGUCUUGAUUGACGACCGCCGCAUCCACGUGGACUUUUCACAGAGUGUGAGCAAGCUGAGUCAGGUGUGGAGAGACGACACAAACAAGAAGCGCAAGAAGCACGCAUCUAGAGGCGGAUGGGGAGGCGUCGACGAGCUCGAGAAGCGCAGGCAGUACCGCGACGAGGACGACCGAAAAGGCGACAGGUACGAUCUCGUGUACGGAGAGGAGGAAAUGAAGGGCCGGGCCGAGCGCGACAGCCACCGUCGGCCUGAACCAAAGGGAGACGAAGAGCAGGACAGAGAUCGGCCCAGGCAAGACAGGGAAAGGAGACGAAGCCGAAGCCCCGGGCGGCCCAGAGACAGAGACAGAGACAGGGACAGAGACAGGGAUAGGGACAGGAGGGGAGAUAGGCCUCAUCACCGAUCCGACGAUCGGGACGCCGGACGACGGUAUGAUCACCACGACCGGCGACGUAAUGACCGGGACUCGGGUCGUAGAGACCGCAGAGAUUAUGAUAACCGGAAUCGAGGCAGGGAUUAUGACGGGGGAAGAGGAAGAUAG